AUGGCUUCCACUUCCAGUUCAAAUCGGCGAGAUAAGGAGGGUGAUUCGCAGUCAAGCAGUGAUCCGAAUCCUCCUACAGUUGCCUCAUUCUCCCCAGUUACGCUCUCGCAUGCGCCGUCCGCGAAUAAGCAAAGGUCGACCAUUCUGGUCCAUCAGAAGUCUCCUCUUUUGAUCGCAACCCCUCCGCAGAUUACGAGAGCAUUGGCAUAUUCGCAUCCAUUUCUACUGCCGCUGAAUAAAUUUGUUGGCUUGUUGACGUGGACGAGCGGGGAUCCGUGGGAGAGCUUCUUGCUGGUCGCUGGCUUCUGGGCCGUGGUUCUAUAUGGAGAUAUACUUAUGAGAUAUGCCGGGCCGGUGGUGGUGGUUGUUGGCUUAAUAUUGGGGAUGUAUUCGAGACGAUAUUCGCCUUUGUCUUCGACUGGAUGGACUGGGGAGAAGCAGAAGAAGGGUCACAAACGAGAAGACUCGGAAGCUACGAACACAAAACAUCAAAAGACCUUGGAUGAGAUCGUAGAAACGCUGAAAGUCUUCACUUCGAGAUGCAAUGUGUUGCUCGACCCAUUGUUGGAACUUACGGACUUUUUGAGCACUCAAAGGACGGCAACGAGUGCAACCACAAGGCCAGCUCUAACAACCCUAUUAAUCAGAAUACUUCUUGUUACCCCGUUAUGGAUUGUUCUCACACUUCGGCCAAUACAAAUCAUCACAACGAAGAGAGUAGCGUUAGUUGCUGGAACAUUGUUCUUGACUUGGCAUUCCAGGCCCACGAGAGUUUCGAGAACGAUACUAUGGAGAUCAGCUACGGUCCGACGCAUUUGUGCUGUAAUUACUGGGCUUCAUUUCACAGAUGUCAUGGAGCCUAUACCGGCUUCUGACGAGAAGCCCCCAUUACCACCAAGAACACCAUCAGCAUACCAACAAGGCGCACAAUUAGCAGCUACUAUGGCCACUAAGCGGAGACCGGAUGCUCCGGGCGUGAAAUUUACCUUUAUAUUAUACGAAAACCAGAGAAGAUGGGUUGGUCUCGGCUGGACUACUUCGUUGUUUGCCUAUGAGCGAGCAGCUUGGACAGAUGAACAUCUUAAUCCAGCUCCAGCUAAGGAUGACUUCGAAUUACCAGAUGUAGAGGAAGGAACAGCUCGAUGGAGAUGGGUAGAGGGCAGCAAAUGGCUUGUUGAAGGUGCCGGUGAUACGGAUGAGGGUGGUGCUAAAGCGAGUGAGAAUGCUACUGAUGGCGGAAGUGGUUGGAUAUAUUAUGAUAACAAGUGGCAAACCGGUCGCCGUGGUCAAGAUGGCUGGGGCCGCUACACACGCCGCCGCAAAUGGUACCGCGAUGCCGAAUUAGUAGAAAUUUCUGGCUCGACCGAAAUCACACCCUCCAGCACCCCUUCUCGUACUCAGCCCACAUCUAAUUCCCUCAAUACGCCCUCAGAUCCGCCGCCAGAAUACGCUGAGAAUGAAUCGCUGAGAUCCGACAACUCAAGUUUGAAAAGCACCUCUAGUAAGUUCCGACAAGGAAGUAUGAGGAGGAGGGGAAAAGGAAGUACGGGGGGUAGUCGGAGGAGUAGUAAUAGUUUUGGGGGUGCUGAUGAUGAGAGGCCUUUUAGACAUAAUGAGGCUGAUUGGGGGAUAGGAGAUGAUGCUAGGAUGGGUUUGGAGUAG